AGAUCUAAUGGAAAUGGUCAAAAACUCCUUUUUCUACUGUCUGGUUGUAAGGCAGAACCCCUUUUCCGGGGUGAUUUUCUCUAUUUUUGAUGUAUUUUGCAUUUUUCCGGUGAAGAAAUUGCUGAAAAAUCCUGAUCCAGGGGGGCUAUACGUCAUUUUGUAUGCCGGAUUUGUUUUCUUGGAUGAUAUUUGUAUUGGGAAUGUUUUGAAGUAGAUUAUUUGUAGUUACCUUCUUUUGGUUUCGUUGGAUAGUCGAUGCAAUUUUGAACCUUUGACUUGGGUUGCGGGUUCGAUGUCUCAAGCGUAUCUCUGUUAUCCUUUAGAGGGUUCUGCGUAGGUUAUGCAUUUUUCAGAUGUCAGAUUAACAGAGAAGCUCUCAUCUACAUUCACACGUGCGCUCCCGCGCACACAUACACAUUCAUUUCAAGCAAGUAUAUUAAGAGGUUAACAUGUGAAGAAUAAUUCGACAAGUUUUUGUUUUCCUGUUGCGGUAGAGUUUGCAGGGACACGUGUGGCUUCUGAGAUAACCUAAGCUAGAGACGUUUUGAUUACGGUCUGUCAUGAGAACUAAAUAGAGGCCUUUGUAGUCUAUGAAGCCAUUAAAAUCAUGGAGAUGGCUGAUGAGGAAACGGAAUGCCUUCUCUGAUGGGGGAAAAUGUGGAUUAAAGAUGAGACAGCUUCCGUUUUUGGGAGUCGUGUGUACAGUUGCCUUAUUCUUUGUGUAUAGGAUCACAAAUUAUCAGCAUCGGCAGACGGAGAUGGAUGGAGAAUUGCAUCGCUUCAACACCGUAAAGGAGUAUCAUUUGGAAUCUAGAUUUUUGCAUGGUUUGCCUCAUGGUAUAAUACAAGGCAGGUCAGAUUUGGAGCUAAGGCCUUUAUGGUCAAGAAGUAGUUCCCGGUCAAAGGUCAAUGGUUUUAGCAAUCAUAACUUGCUGGCAAUGCCAGUUGGUAUUAAACAAAAGCAUAAUGUGGAUGCUAUUGUGCAAAAGUUUCUUCCAGAGAAUUUUACAAUUAUUCUAUUCCAUUAUGAUGGCAAUAUGGAUGGGUGGUGGGAUCUCGACUGGAGUAACAAGGCCAUACACAUAGUUGCUCAAAACCAAACAAAGUGGUGGUUUGCAAAGCGCUUUCUACAUCCAGAUGUGGUGUCCAUUUAUGAUUACAUAUUUAUUUGGGAUGAAGAUUUGGGUGUUGAGCAUUUUAACCCGGGAAGGUACCUGGAUAUUGUGAAAACGGAAGGACUUGAGAUAUCUCAACCAGCUUUGGACCCAAAUUCAACUGAUAUACAUCAUAGAAUUACUAUUCGUGCUAGAACGAAGAAGUUUCAUAGGAGAGUCUAUGACCGCAGAGGUAGCGUGAAGUGUUCAGAUUCCAGUGAGGGGCCCCCAUGCACUGGAUUUGUUGAAGGCAUGGCUCCGGUGUUUUCAAGAUCUGCUUGGCAUUGCACAUGGCAUCUUAUACAGAAUGAUCUUGUCCAUGGAUGGGGAAUGGAUAUGAAACUUGGGUAUUGUGCACAGGGGGACCGCACUAGGAAUGUGGGAAUCAUUGAUAGUGAAUACAUUGUUCAUAAGGGCAUACAAACUUUAGGUGGGAGUGGACUGCCGGCAAAAAAGCUCUCGAACCCUGAAGACUUGGCUAAGAAACAUGGUGCUUCAGCAUUUGAUGUGCGAACCGAGGUGAGAGUUUUAAGAAAAAAAAAUGUAGCUAGAACAAAGAAUGCGAGACAUGGUUUCAAUAUAAUGAACUCGAACUUUAGAAGAUUAGGAGGCAAUCGACAUGGGAGCUUCAGACAUUCAAAGAGCGUUGGAAUCAAGCGGUUGAGAAGGACAAGAACUGGGUUGAUCCAUUUAAAAGAGGGAAAACAUACAGAAUAAGAAAACAACAAAACCGAUUUGUCUAGCUUGUAAUUUUACCAAGAUGUUUGGAUAUGGUAGUUUAACCUCACCUACAGACACCAACUCUCCUUCUAUAUAUACUUCAUAAUUUAGUUGAUGUAGAUGUUAUUUUUUUCAUUAUUUGAUUGACCACAA